AUGCUCCGGCUCAGGCAUCUAUUCCGAAGCCAAGCCCGCCCCUUUCGCUUCCACUCUGGCCCUCGUGAAUCAAUCCAUACAACCCCGACUGUCCGGCAUGUGAGAUUUAGACGGCCUUGGCUGAGAUCAUUCUUCUCUAAGUGUCUUCUUUAUGGUGCUGCCUAUCAGUUAUGGAGUUCUUUCGUUCUAGUCCGCUUUGACGAUGAUACUCACGAUAUCGAUGCACCCGAAUCAACUCCGGAAGCAACUGGUUUGCGCCGGAGUCCCUACGGUGGUGAAGAGUUGCUGGAAGAUGAGGAAGAAAUUGGGGCACCUUUGUUUGUUCCACUGACUUGGUCCUGGUUGGAAGAAGGCAAGCUCUACACUGCUUCGGAUCCGGAAUGGCAAGAGUUUGUGCAAAUAUCCAAGGAUCGAGAGAAACUGAAGAGCCUGAGAGAUGAACUUGCCGCGAUUGUUCGAGACAGUGCCUCGGGCCAGUUGUCUCAGAUUCUUGGGAGUCCCCUCUCCCUGACUGGGUUUUGGCUCGUACAUCAAUUUCCACACCGCGCUCCUCCAGAAUAUCUACGAUCCGGCAUUGAAAUCACGGAUAAUGGUGUGGCUUGGGUUACGAGGCCCAUCGAUUCCGAACUCGGCGACAAGGUGCAGACCUUCAUGAAACCCAUCCAUGUGGCACUUGCUAUCAAAGAUGCCUAUCUAGUAUUGUUGGGAAGACAGCUAGCUCGCUUCAGGGGCGAUACACCUCAUGCUCUGGAGAGCUUUAGUCAACGACGCAUUCUAUCGAAUAACGAAAACUUCAGUUCUACAACCUCUCAUGAACAGCCCAGUCUUCGGCCCGCCAUGCCUGAAGAGACCAAAGGAAACAUUUCUUCCAAUGGAGACAAUGAGCUCCAUCCUUCUUCUAUUAUCUCGUCAUUACAACGACUCCCUUUGCCUGAUUUGGGUCCCGGGUCGGAUUUACACUUGGCAUCUCUUGCUUUUCGGUUGCGAUUAAACGAGUAUCAGACCAACACCCCACGUACACCUAUUCGGGGAACAUUCUUCAUCUCUGGCCCUGUCGGUCUCAAGGGACCCAAUGGAUUCUGUCGAUUUGAGGUGCGCGGUGAAUACGACCCUUCUAAGUCUGGAUGGCGUACGGUUGAGAUGUCAUUGCGGGAUGUGAAUUUAAGGAAGCAAAAACCGCUUGGGGGCCGCUGA